AUGCUCAAGCUAAUUAAUCUAUCAACACUCUGUCUAAUUCUCGCGGCCGUUAUUCUCGUCCACACCGCUCCGACGAGCCCACCGACCAUUACUGCGAUAGACAGCCCAACCGUGUUCUGCAUAUUUCUUCCACCACAAGCUGGGGGCAACAUUGCCGAGCAUGAAAAUGAUGCCGUGCCAUUCUGUACGCAAGCCUCUCCCAAUGCACCCAAUGCUAAUAUCCUCCCCAGCGGAUUUAUUGUAACAAGCCACUAUGCUGUUGGAACUGGCUAUGUUCAAGUAACCGGCAGAAUAGACGGAUCUAAAUAUAACUUGAGCCCGACUGAUGAGGGCGGUCAAUAUGAUAGCGUAGGUGCUCCACCUGGGGCAACCUGUGCAGGAGCUAAAAAGUUCGUGGAGCUGGUUGAACCGCAAAAUGGUAUUUUCUGUAUCCGUUGCUGCUCCGAUUCUAGUCAAUGUGUUACCGGGAAGAGUACCGAAGGUUGUCUUACUGUCAUCCCUGGUGAUUAUAGUUAA